UGACUUCUUCUUAAGACGAAACUCUACUCCUCAUCAUCAAUGACCUUGAUUGCUGAUCAGUGAAAUGAGCUUCGUCAAAUCUAAAUUGAAAGCUUCAAGAGAUGCUCUUCAAGCAAAAGAUUGGCAAGCUGCCGUUGAAGCUGCAGACGAAGUAUUGGAAUCGGAAGCAGACAAUUAUAACGCAAACGUAUUCAAAGCGUUGGCAUUGCUAAAUCAAGAUAAAAAAGAUGAAAGCGAAAAUCUAUACAGAAAAGCCAUCCAAAUACAGCCUCGUCAACCGUUAGCAUGGCAAGGAUUGGAAAAGCUGCUAACGGAAACGAAACAAUGGGAUAAAUUGAUCACCUUGUUGCAACAAUUGAUGGAUCAAGCAGUUGAAGCAGAUGAUGCAACGAAAUGUGCCGAACAUCUACAGAAGCUGGUACAGAUACAACGUGAAGAAGGAUCAUCAUCACAACUUGGUGAAACUCUCUCAUUUUAUUUGCCAUCAUCGCCGUAUUAUGCUACUCUAUCCACUUUACCGGCGCCAGAUCAGACAAAUCCAACGGCCACCACAACGUUUGACGCACAGAUGGCAAUCCAUUUCGACUCAUUCAAGGUUCUCAAUGAAAUCGUUCAGUUGAAGGAAGAAGCUGAGAAAAGAAUAAUAGAUAGAGAAAUCGAAAAGAGAAAGAAUCGAUUGGAAUCUAUGAGCAAAAGUCGGGAAGCUCUCAGGAACGAAAUCGGUUUAGAGGUUUGGAGCACGUCAAAACUUCCGGAGUUAUAUGAUCAAGUAUUGUCUCACGUUCAGGCAUCUGAUGAAGCAAGAAGGGAGGCCGAGCAUAAGUUGCUGCUAUAUAGAUACAACAUUUUGAAGGCUUUGCCGAAUCCAGCGGGACAACUUGCCGGUCCUAGUGGAACAGCUGCUACGACGGCCAAAUCGAAAGAGGACGAUGAACAAAACACAAUGAGAAAGAAACAAGCCCUUGAAAGCGUUCAAGAGCUGGCAAAUGGUAUUCUUUCGAUAGAUGUUCCCGACGAGCUUGCUUGGUCUAUCGUUUUGGAAUGGCAAGAUGUACUACAUUUGGCCGAUUUAGACCGACAACGGUUACGUGCCUAUGUUCACCACUUUCCCAGAUCAGGACUGAGCAAAUCUUUGGAAGCGUUGCUGGUUUCCGUUAAGGAUAAACAAUUCUUGGAAGAGCGUAAAAAGAGACAGGAAGAAGAGGAUGUAGAAGUACAGCAGCUUGACCCUCUUACCUUGGCUUUGGACGGAUUGGAGCAAGCACCCGACUCUUUGUUGGCUCAUAGGAUCGCUGCUAUCCUGUAUCUCAUCGAUCGUGAUUGGAUGUCAUGCUCGGAAGUGGCAUCAGCUGCUCUGAGUGUUGUUAGACGCAUGACAAGUCAGUUGGGUGUCUCGCUGGAGUAUGGUACUCGCCCUUCUUUGGAAUCACUCUUGGCCUUGUCUUUGACUUUCAUCCAUCCGCCGCAGCAUCAUUCGCGCGCUUCAAGAUUAUGCGAGGAAGGACUAUCCAAAGAUGCCAAGAAUCAAGAAGCUUCGAUGGCAAAGGGUAUAAUAUUGCAAACUUCGAAUCAGUGGAAGCAGGCCAGAGAUGUGUUUUCGGCUGUCAUUUCAAACGAUGAAAAGGAGAGCCAAGAUAUUUCUUAUGAAGCUCGGCGCGCACUUUCGCUCUUCAAGAUCCCCGGUAGGGAAGCUCGACUUGAGGUGGCAUGGUGUGAUGUUCAAUUAGGCCAGUUGGAAGAUGCACAGGGAGAAUUGCGAACAGUGAUCGAAGAAUUGGACGCAGAUAAAGAAGCCAACGCACAAGAUCAGGCAAAAGCACAUUGGAGACUUGGACAAUGUUUGUGGCAAAUGGGUGGUCAUCACAGAGAAGACCGUGAGCAAGCGUUCUCAUGUUUCAUCACUGCAUUAAAGAGAGAUGCUGCUUAUGCACCUGCUUUCACAUCUCUGGGUUUGUUCUAUGCAACGGUGUCUGAGCCUAAAGAUCCGCAACGGGCAGCGAAAUGUUUCCAAAAAGCGUUCGAGCUUGAUGCAAGGGAAAAUGAAGCAGCACGGAGAUUGGCAGAAAUGUAUGCGGAAGAGGAAGAUUGGGAUCUGGUAGAUUUGGUUGCACGUAGAACGAUUGAAGCAGAAGGUGGUUCCUGGAUGUUUCAACAGCAAUCCCAGUCAAUUACUGCGCAAAGGCGUCAUACGACAAAAAAUGCAUGGGCUUGGAAUGCAAUCGGAUCUACAGAGCUUGCAAGGACGAAUUAUGAAAGGGCGAUUGUUGCUUUUCAAGUUGCCCUUCGUAGCUUUCCCGAUAAUCAGGGUAUCUGGAUGCGUUUAGGAGAUGCCUACCUGGCUUCUGGCCGUCAAAGUGCGGCAAUCAAGACGUAUGAUCGAGCACGACAACUUCAAUCGGAUGAAGAUGCUUGGCAAGCAGCAUUCAGUAUUGCAAAUGUUCAAAAGGAUAUGGGCAUGUACGAAGAAGCUAUUGAGCUUUUCCAACUCGUUUCAAAGGAGAAGCCCGAUUUGGCUUCUGUAAAAAUUGCUUUGGCCGAGACAAAACUUCUUUUAGCCUUGCUACAAGGCAAGCAAGGAUAUGUGGACCGAUGUCGUAGAGGAUUAUACUCCGCUAUUGUCAUUGUUGUCAGGGUGCUGGAGAAUAACAGAAGGAAUGCCGCUUCCUGGAAAGUGGUCGCUGAUGGAAUCUCUCAUUUAAGCCGUAUGGAUCGUGUCAUCACAGACGUAUCUUUUAUCGAAAAGAUUAUGUCCAAAGUUUCUGCCCUGUCAGAAGAAGUUUCUACAGAUCAAAAAGUUCCCGCCAUCUCUGCUGUGACAGCUGAAAAGGUGACAUCUGCAAUCCCAAGUGACAAGAACUGCACCGCGAUUGACCUGAAGAGAGCGUUGCGUUAUGCGUCCGCCUAUAUUUGCAAGAUUCGGAUCUCUUUGAUUGGAGCGGACGAGGAACUUGCGGGAUCGGCAUGGUCAGACUUGUGUGUUGCACUGCAAGAGCUCAGUAAUGAGAUGAAGCGAGGCAACGAGAUCCUUCUUGAACAGAACGAGAACAUACCUUCCGACAAUGAUUCAACUUGGAAAGAAACACAAGCACAGGCAAUAGCUUGCGCAAAGGAAGCGUUAAAGUUGGAACCUGGAAAUGGUACGUAUUGGUGUACUUUGGGAACUCUAGUUUUCGAUCACGGCGUUCCGUUGGCUCAGCAUUGUUUCAUCAAGGCGAUUGAAUGUGACAGCAAGGAUGUAACAGCAUGGACCAAUUUAGGCUUCUUGUAUCUCGUUCAUAAAGAUUUGGAACUGGCCAAUGAAGCGUUUGUACGUGCUCAAACGAUUGAUUCCGAAAUUGUCCAAGCAUGGAUAGGACAAGCACUUGUGGCCGAUCAAAAGGGAAAUGAGGAAACAAGUCGUGCAUUCUAUCGUCAUGCAUUCACCAUCGAUCAAGAAGGAACGUUGGAGGCGAUUUAUGGAUUUGCCUUUUCGACGUUCAACCAUAUGCGUUCUAGCAGUGAGCCAUCAUCUGUCUUGAUGAUGAAUGCAUCUUCGGCUUUGUCUCUCUAUCUGUCAAGACGAUCAAAUGAUGUCUCAGCUCUUCAUCUUUCAGCUUUAUUUGCUGAACGUCUAGGCGAGCUUGAGCUAGCAACGGAAAGAAUCGAUGCUGCGGCCUCCAUUCUGGAGUAUCAGUAUGAACGGGAAGAAUCAACUGAAAAGGCGCAAUUGUUUGCUAUUUGCAUGUCUAAUCUUGGUCGAAUUCAUCUAUCUUGUGGUAGAUUUGACAAAGCUAUGGAAAGUAUGGAAAUGUGCUUAGGUCUUUUGGAGGGAAGUACAAAUGAUGCGGAUAAACAAAAGACUGCCCUACACGCUUCCAAAGCAGAUCUUGAGCGAGCACGUCUGAACGCACAUUGUACGAUCGGAUUAGCACAUUUCGGUAAAGGGGACGCCAGUGCUGCUAUUGCUUCAUUGGAGCAAUCGCUCGAAGAUCUCGAAGGAAUCAAUGCGAGUGCUGGAGAUGACACCUCUAUAGAAGUUCAAUCCGGCAAAGAAACAAUCUCGAUUCUCAUCGCUCGGAUCUUAUGGUCACAGAAUAAGCAAGAAGAAGCAGAAGCCAUCUUGAUGGAUAUAUUAGCGGAUAAUACUCAAGCCCUUGAUGCAAUGAUUGCCUUGACUGCCACAAGUUGGCUAACGGAUAACGAAGAGCAAUUGGACGCAGUACAGAGUGAUUUGAUGCAACUUUACGAAAUUCAAAAGGCUCAAUCCACAAAGAGGUCUGCAGAUGCCACUACAUUGUUGACCAUGUUUGACCUUCACAAAAGUGAUGUGCCUUCCGCUCUCACACGCUUACGAGGCGAUGCAAAUCAUUCCCUGUCAGCAAGACGUACAUUGGUACAAACGUUGAUCCGUAUAGCUGCUCAUUAUGCGAACAAUGAAGCGGAAGAGGCAUUGCAAGAGUCUCAACGCUAUACACAAGCUGUGAAGAAUAGCAUUGAAGCAAAUGAAGAUGCGAUCGGCCAUGCACUAAUGAUGGAAAGCGUUGCCAAAUUGUUAUAUAAUAAACAAAGGAGUAGAAACCUAGCCGCAGAGAAUGAAACAGAAGACGGAAACAAUCUUCCUCCUCCUCCCCUAACCAAACCGUCCAUUUCCGCCCUUGAGGCUAUCAAAGCGGAUCCGUGUAAUCCUUCAUCUUUAUUUGUUCUCCGGGAUGUAUUGCUUAUAUAGAAAGUUCUGUCAUACAUAUUCCAUUGCGCCCACUGCAAUCAAUGUACUUCUAGAC